CUACGCCUUAAAUUAUGAAGUCGUGUGAUGUUGAAUCAAGUCGGCAAAGCAGCACCAGUUUCUUCAAUAUUACAAAUGUGCUCUACUGAUAAGUGCCAAAUAGUACGAAAUCUAUGUCCAGGGUUUUGUGCAGACUACCUCCAACCACCUGUUGUCACAUAAUCUAUUGCACACAUACAAUAUAGUUAUUAUGUUUUACAAAAGCUUACUCUCUUGUACGGAGUUGCUAGGGUAUGGAAUUAAUACCUAUUUCUAGAUAUAUUCUUUCAUUUAUAUUUUAAUCAAAUAGAAUUUUUCUUAUUGACGAAUUUCUACAAAUUAAAUACGUGACUUUUGAAUGGACAAUGGAAUCUUUCUUUUAGAGUGCUUAGCUGUCCUCAUAUCUGAUUUUUCUUUAUUUUUUUGUUGUUGUUGUGGAGAUAUUCGAUCACUCCUGUUAUUGGCCUAUGAUUGGAUUGGAGAAAGAGACAUAUCUGUUCACGUGUUAGACAGGUGUUAUCCAAGACAUUUCUGACAUUGUCGUACAAAUAUAUGUAUAAUUUAAAUAUAUCCAUAUACAUCUUUAUGAGUAUGGUUAAGUUGUGUGUGUAUGUGUGUAUAUGUGAACACUAACAUUUAUAUAUAUAUUUCAUUGAGUUCAUAUCUGACAGUUAAAUAAAAUAGUUUCUGGUUUGUGUUUGUUCCACUAUUUUGUCUAUGAGGAAAAAUCGCUAAGUUGUAUGUGUCUAUCUAUCGAUCAGAAACGACGCCGACAGUCAUACUUCUAUCAUGUAUAUUUAUGUGUAUAAUUAUCCUACUCAUGCGAAAUUUCUUUGAACUGCUCAUUACAGAUUACUAUUAUUAUUAGUCAUUCUCACCAUUCUUUCGAUUAUUAAUAACAAAUUUUCACAGGAUUAAUAACUUUCAUUAUAAAAAAUGGCUACAGGAACGUCAUCAACAACAGGAGAGAAGAAAUCAUGAAACACUCCGUGGAUUAUUAUCUUAUUUCAAACAAUUUAUUCAGUUAUCAAUUUGUCCACAAGUAAAUUUCUAUGAUCUUGAAUUCAACCAGUACAUGAAUUAAUGAUCUAGAAGUUUACAUAAUAAAAAAAGUAUUAAGGCUAGCUAACUAUUAGAGUCUACUCUACUAUGGAAUUGAAAGUGUUGAGACAAAAAUAACUUCACCUCUGGGAGAUUUAAAAAUCUAGUUAUUUCGAAAUGUUAUUCUGCUAUCUUGGAGAUAAGUGAAAAGUUUAUCGUUAUGUAAAAUGGUUCAAUAAAUAGAAAACGAUGGUUGAUCACAGAGGUCAUGAAAUGCAUAAGUCAAAUCAGAGUAACAUUAGUACAAGUGUCACAAACCAAAUUAAUGACAUAUCAAUUUCAAAUACAGUCAGUAUAGGUAACAAUAAUAUAUCUACUGAUAGGUUUCGAGAUGAUAAUCUCGAAGAGGAUGAAACAGACGAAGCAGAGGAAACAACCGAGGUGGACAAUGUGAUUAAUGAGGAAAAUCGAAAUACUCACAAUUAUAAUAAUCAGACAACUGAUAUGUUAAAGAUGAAAAGUAAUCUUUCAAAUUAUACAAAUCAAAAUGAUUAUAUUAAAUCUCAAAAUUAUGAUGAAUUUGAUUCAAAAAGUGGAAUAAUCUAUCAAAAAUUAGAUUCUUUCAAAAAACCAUACACGCACACAAUCACAACAACUACUAAUAUUACAACUAAUACUAAUACUAAUACUACUGUAACCAAUACCAAUUCAACCAUACCAUUAACUGUAAAAUUAAAUAUUCAUAAAGAGAAUGAAAAUAAUUUAGAAAUGUCCAAAGAUGAAACAAUGCGUAAUUUAGCUAGACGUACACUAGCCAUUGGUAUACCUGGAUUACAUCCAUCUAAUCAUAAAACAUUAUUUAUAUUCUCUGAAGAGAAUGCAAUUAGAAAAUAUUCAAAAAUUAUAAUUGAAUGGGGAUAUCCUUUUUUCUUUGCUAAUUUUCAUGACUUUCAUUCAUCUCAUAUACAUAUAUAUGCAUACAUUGAAAUGAUAACAUCAGCACCAUGAUUAUCAUAGAAGGGAGUUAUUGUUUUAUUAGUCUUUUAUGUUUUAAAUGAAAUUUUCCAAUUAUUUUUUUUUCCUCAAUGGUUACAAAUUAUUAUUAGUUAGAUUCAUUAAAGAGUUUAACCUAGUUUAUAGAAAUUCAUUUAUUGUUUUAUUUUUAUCGAUCUGUUGUUUACAUUUUUUUAGGUAAGUAAGUAGAAAUUAGAAUUAGAAUGGGACAAGAGUAGAGAAUGUUUUAUAAUUUUUUUGUUGUUGAUAUACGUUACUAUGUAUAUAAUGUUAUGUCAUGUCAGGCGGUUACCAAUUAAAUUAGUUAAUAUUUACUUAAUAAGUUAUAUGUUUAAACCCACCUCCGAUUGUGUUUGGUUUAGAUUACUGGAUAGUAUCAUAAAUCAGUACAUAAACUGUAUGGUUCAAAAUGGAGUGUAUAAAUAUGUAUUUGGGUUACGUGAAAUUUAUAAAAUAAACUAUAAACUUAUGUUAAAAGUCUGAAAUAAAUUUUUUUUUUAAUUACAAGUUGAUAUUAGUUGAAGAAGCAGUUGUUUAAAGAUAAUACGUCUAUCAUAAGAUGGAUAGAUCUAAGGACAGAACAAAUUUUUAAUGCCUUAUAGUUUUUAAUGAUUACUUGAAUGAUGUCAACUAGUCACAAGUAACAUAGGAACUAAGACAUAUUUUUAUUGGCUUAAAUUUUCACAAUAGAUCAACAGACUAUGAUUCAAUAAACAAGCGAAAUUCCAUCUAUAGUGAUAGAAGUAGUUGUACUACCACAGACAAUAGAAAGAAAUAGAGAACAUAGUUCGAGGACUGAAAAUUUAAUACUAAACAAAUAAUAAUAAUAAAUGCAUCUGAUGGACGAAUUUUUUAAGCAUUCAAUGUCUUUGACAAUACAUAGAUCGUCAGUAUUUAUCCAUACGGAUUAAACUGAUAAUCAAUCCAACAGAUUUCAGUUAAUGACAAUAGUUACUUCCAUAUACUUAUAUUUUUGUGACAACCUAGAUAAACCUAUAAAGUAGACAGCUUUAUAAUUAGUAAUUCGUCAUACAAAAUCAAUGGUUUAGUAAUUGGAACAUAUUUUUUA